AUGGAGUCAGAGGAUGAUCAAGUUUAUAUUCCUCAAGUAAAGGCAAAGUUGAUGCCUAAAUUAUACCAAGAGUUUGAAACAAUAGAUGAUGUUGCUGCUUUCUACAAUAGAUAUGCAAAAGAAGCAGGGUUUAGUAUUAGAAGUCAUUCUAGUGCGACUAGCAAAGAUAAGAAACAACUUAUAAGGAAGGAGUAUGCAGGUGGCAUUCCAAAUAUUGGUUUUAUACAGCGUGAUCUAUAUAAUUAUGGAAGAACUUGUCGUGAAGAGAAGAAGGGGCGUAAUGGAGAUCUACUGUACAUGCAUUUUGAGAAUGAGAAAGAAAAAGAUUCUUCUUUUGUCUAUACAAUGGAUGGAGAUGAGGAAAACAGAGAAUUUCUAAAUGCUAUUCCAAGAGAUGCACCAGAAAAUGCCCCCAAGAUGAUCAUUACCGACCAAGAUCCUGCUAUGACUAAAGCCAUUUCAGAAGCACUCCCACAAACAUUUCAUAGAUAUUGCAGUUGGCACAUUCUUAAUAAUUUUUUUGAGAAGCUAGAUGCGAUUAAAUAUCGGGAUUCCUACCAAGACUUUCAUAGCUGCAUAUGGAAUUCAAGUAGUAGAGAGGAGUUUGACUCAAGAUGGAUUGAAAUUAUUGAGAAUAGUGGGUUGAGUGAUAACAAGUGGCUGGAGUCGAUAUACGAAAUCCGUUCAUCAUGGAUACCAGCAUAUGUCAAUCAUGUUUUCUCAGCUGGAAUGUCAAGUAGUCAAAGACCAGAGAGUCAACAUUCUUUCUUCAAGAAUUAUGAUUCUAAGUGGAAUUCAUUGGUGGAAUUUAUGGUUCAGUUUAAGAGGGGACUUCUUCACCAACGACAUUAUGAGUUAGAGGAUGAUCAUAUUAAUAUUGAUGAGAAGGCAAAAACUGUCAUGUCCUUUGACAUAGAAGAUCAUAUAGCCAAGGUUUAUACACAUAAACUAUUUUAUGAAGUUCAAGAACAGUUGAGAGAGAGCUUCAAAUAUAAACUUGAACUUGUGUUUGAAAAUGUCACUCAAGAACAGUUUAAGGUUAUACGAAAGAAUAUUGAUACUUGUAAGUCUCGUGAACUUACUUAUGAAAAGAAAUCUGAUUUUGCAUCAUGCAGCUAUAGAACGUUUGACAGUCAAGGUUUCCCAUGUCGGCAUGUUUUGGCAUAUUUGAUUAAGAUCCAAGAAGUUAAUAAAUUGCCUAUUCAGUACAUCUUGAAGAGAUGGACUAAAGCUGCAAGACAUAGAGUUGUGUUAGAUUAUAAUGGAAUGGAGAUAAAAGAUAACAAAGCUUUACUUGUAAGGAGGACUAAACUAUUCCAGCAUGCUACAUAUGCAAUUGAUAAGGUUAUGGUGGACAAACUGCAGUAG